GAAAUCAAAUUGGAAAAAAUUACCAGCAUUCAAAGUUCAAUUCAGUAUCAAUUGAACAUUUGAAGCAAGCAGAACAAAUUGGAACCGGUUAAGGCCAAAGCAAUUACUUACAAUAUGAAAUCGAGAACAUUUGUGGCGUUGCUACUUUGUAAUAUAUUGAUUUUGGUCACCGGCCAGAAUACCAUAUCGGAUAAUUUCUAUGACAAAUCAGAGAAAUGUUUCGACCAACUGCAUGUGCCACAACGUUACAAGGCCACCUUUCAGGCUUUCCGUUAUCCCGAUGAGGAAAUUGUCCACAAGUAUGUUCAUUGUCUGGCCAUGAAACUGGAAAUUUGGACAAAUCGUUCUGGUUUCAAUAUUGAAAAGAUCUACAAUCAAUAUCGUAAUCGUGUCAAUGAUGAGAUAAUGUUGCCCACCAUCAGCAAUUGCAAUCGUUCGGCACAGAAUAGCAACAAGGAGCUGUGGUGUUAUCGUGCCUUCUUGUGUAUCCUUAACACGGAUGUGGGCAAAUGGUUCAAGGAGGAUGUUCAACGUUCGCGUCAGGCUAAUAAUGUACCCAAUGGUCAUCAUUAGAGAGAGUUUGAAAAAAAUGAUUUCCUUUGAUUAUAUUAAUAAAUA